AUGGCGGUCGUCGUCUCCGUUCAUCGUCUUUAUGCAACCCACGUGAUCUCUGAGAAUCCUAAUCCUCCUAAACUUCACUUCAAACUCAAUACGUCUCGCCUGAGCUUUCAUCAUCUUCCUCAGACAAACAAGCACAAGCUCCGUUGCUUAUCUGCAAAACCGACACCUUCGAGUCCAAACCCUGAAUCUCCUAAAGAUGGGGAAGAGCAAGAGAGUGUAGGUGUCAAAGCAGCUUUAGCAAUGCUCAGAUUCUACAAGAGGGAGAUAUCGCCGGUGUUACCUAGAAGCUGCCGUUACGUUCCAACUUGCAGUGAGUACUCAAUGGAAGCUUACAAAAGAUAUGGAGUUCUCAAAGGCACUGUUCUCACCACUUGGCGUCUCUGCCGCUGCAAUCCUCUUGGUGGAUCUGGUUUCGAUCCUCCAAGAUGGUUUGGUGAGAGUGUGAUCACACCCCAAGAAGAAGAAGAAGAAGAAGAUAGCUAUGGCAAUGAGGAUGAAAUAGAGAUUUGA